AUAAGGUCUGGGGAACAGAUGUUGCAGCAGAGGUUUCAGUAAACUGUUUUCCAUUGAUUCUUGGAGAACAAUAUUUUGAGCCUGCCUGCUUUUGCUUAUCCCAUCAUGCUAUUUCUUUCAGCAUUUGCCUUUGCGUUUCUGUGGGAUUUAACACUUGGCUGGGGCUACAAAGAUGGGAUACUGCACAACUCGAUCUGGCUGGAACAAGCAGCAGGUGUGUAUCACAGAGAAUCCCGUAAUGGAAAAUAUCAACUCACAUACAAAGCAGCACAAGCCGUAUGCCAGUUUGAAGGUGGGAAACUAGCUACCAAAGCUCAGCUGGAAGAAGCUCAUAAAAUAGGUUUUCAUGUAUGUGCAGCUGGAUGGCUAGCAGGAGGAAGAGUUGGCUACCCUAUUGUAAAGCCUGGACCGAACUGCGGCUUUGGAAGAACAGGGGUCAUUGACUAUGGUUACCGUGUCAACAAGAGUGAGAAGUGGGAUGCAUACUGUUACAAUCCUAAUGGGAACCACUGUGGCGGGGUAUUAACAAACCAGAAUCGCACAAUUACAUCACCAGACUAUCCAAAUAACUAUGAAGAUGACCUAGUGUGUUACUGGCAUAUCCGAUUACAGUAUGGCCAGCGCAUCCAUUUGCAGUUCUUGUAUGUUGACAUAGAAGACGAUUUUGACUGCCUUGCAGAUUAUUUGGAAGUGUAUGAUGGUUAUGGAGAUUUUUACAGUCCAGUAGGCAGGUUUUGUGGAGAUGAACUGCCAGAAGACAUCCUUAGCACUGGAAAUGUGAUGACACUGAAGUUUUUGACAGAUGCAUCUGUGACAGCAGGAGGUUUUGAAAUCCAAUAUGUUGCUGUAGGAGAACCUUCAAAUGGUAAAAAUGGAAAUGGCCAUCCUGUGAACUAUAGAAGCAAUCAUCCCUGAACCAUAGGCCUGUUCUGGUCUCCCACAGUUCAAGACUGAAUUGACAGACUUCCAUCACAGACCUUGCAUAUCACGUUUUUAGACUUGGACCCUCCACUGUUCAUAUUUAUAAGUAUCAUUUACCAUAUGCUGCUCUACGAGACAUAUUUGACUCUAUAGAUUAUUUUCUAGAUUUCCUUAAGUCAUUUUUUCAACUUUGUCAAAUGAAUGAACUGUGUGAUUUAUAACAAUCUUUCAAAAUCUUAAUUUUUGCUUUUGAAAAUUUUUUUCUGUAAAACAUCAGCAAAAAACCUUCAUGUUUCAUAAAAUUAAUAUUAUACUCCAAUUUUAAUGAUUGUUUCAAACUAUUUUUAUGGAAGCAGGAAUGCCUACCCAGCAUUAAUGAGCAUCUGUGGCAACUUUGUGAAUGCAACUAAUGUAUUACCUGUACACUAGCCUUAUGAAGUCUGUUUUCUGCCUUCAAGAAGGUAGUUUCAAAUACCAUGGUAAAGUGUUUUGCCUACCCUGAUCUUGCACGCGCAAUAAUGAACAGAUAUGAACUAUUUGUGCAAAGAUUGCUUAGUACUCUGCCACUUGUAUGACAAUAUCAACAAGUACCAAGUAAUUUGUGCACAUACAUAGACAGUGCAGUAUGCACAUAUUUAUUUUGUAUUAUUAUGGUACAUACCACUGCCGUGGAUCAAUAUGGAAAGUAGUUUACUGUGCCCUUUGUAUCUUGAUAAUAUAUUCCAGUCACUUCCUACCAAUUUGUCAUGUGCCAAGGUCUGUAUUUGUGAGUGGAUAUCUUGGAUUUUGUCUUUUUUCUUUUAUCUGUACAAAAAAUACUUUGUGGAAUACCCACAGUUUUUAUGAAAGGUAUGAUGACUUUUUACCGAGAGCUUUACUGUAAAAAUGAAUUAAAAUGUGCAAUGAAAUA